ACGUCCAGCCGCCGCCGCCGCCGUCUCCUCCGCCGCCGCAACCGGUGGCUCCGGCCUCCCCGGCCUCCUCGGCUCGUGAGCCGCCGCCGCCCGCCCGAUCCUCCCCUGCGCGGACCCGGUCAGCGUCCCGAGGCCACUGGGCAGGAAGAUUCUGGGGCCAGCUCUUGGAUUUCUAAGGAUCAGAAUUUUCUCACAUCCUCACUGUUACCACUUGGGUUUCAGCUGCCAUUCAAGCUUCUUUGGUGGGUUCUUGUUUUCUGCGCUUGUCCAGUACUGUCUAUUGCUGACACAGCAGGACUUCUGUGAUAGCUCCUUGGAUGUCCACUGGACAGAAACUUUGAACUUCCGAUCAUCUUCGUAUCAUAGCAGAGCGCCAGCGUUUCCGUUACUUGUGGAAGGGAUAGCGCAUGCGCUGUGGAGAUGAACGGGGAGCAUCCAGAUGCAGAUUCUGGGCCUGGUGUAGAAGAAGUUGAAUUCAACUGGGAGGAUUAUCUAGAAGAGACAGGCUCUACCACAGUUCCCUAUGCAUCGUUUAAACAUGUGGACAUACGUCUGCAAAAUGGGUUUGCUCCUGGGAUGAAGCUGGAGGUAGCUGUGAAAAAAGACCCUGAAACCUACUGGGUUGCCACUGUCAUCACUGCCUGUGAGCAGUUGCUCCUGCUGCGUUAUGAAGGCUAUGGGGAGGAUCGGAAAGCGGACUUCUGGUGUGACAUCAGAAAGGCUGGCCUCUACCCCAUUGGCUGGUGUCAGCAGAAUAGGAAGACCCUUGAAGCCCCAGAAGGCAUCAGAGAUAAAGUGUCUGAUUGGGGUGCGUUUCUACAGCAGACCCUGAGAGGAGCCUGUGGUCCUCCUGUGUCUCUACUAGAGGGCCUCCGUAAUGGAAGGAACCCUUUAGAUCUUAUCGCCCCGGGAUCCAGACUAGAGUGCCAGGCUUUUCGGGACUCUCUAAGCACUUGGAUUGUUACUGUUGUGGAGAACAUUGGGGGACGGCUGAAGCUGCGUUAUGAAGGACUUGAGAGUUCUGACAGUUUUGACCACUGGUUGUAUUACUUAGAUCCGUUUCUUCAUCACAUUGGUUGGGCUGCUCAGCAAGGGUAUGCACUCCAGCCCCCAUUAGCCAUCCGGCAUCUGAAAGGUGAAGCUGACUGGCAAGAGAUUUUGGCCAGAGUAAGAGAGGAGGAGGAAGAGCCAUUACCCUCUUACUUGUUUAAGGAUAAGCAACUUAUUGGAACCCAUGAAUUUUCUGUAAAUAUGAAAUUGGAAGCUGUGGACCCAUGGUCUCCUUUUGGGAUUUCUCCUGCUACAAUUGCCAAGGUUUUUGAUGAUAAGUACUUUCUGGUGGAAAUGGACGACCUUCGACCAGAGGACCAUACAAGACGAUCAUUUGUUUGCCAUGCUAACAGUCCUGGCAUUUUUCCUGUGCAGUGGAGUCUCAAGAAUGGCUUACACAUCAACCCUCCUCCAGGCUUCCGGAGCCAGGAUUUUGACUGGGCUGACUACCUCAAACAGUGUGGCGCUGAAGCUGCUCCCCAGAAGUGCUUCCCUCCGUCAGUUUCUGAGCACCAGUUUAAGAAGAACAUGAAGCUGGAGGCCGUGAACCCUCUUCUCCCUGAAGAAGUGUGCAUUGCCAGCGUCACUGCAGUGAGAGGCUCCUACCUGUGGCUCCAGCUGGAAGGUUCUAAGAAACCUAUACCCGAAUUUAUUGUAAGUGUGGAGUCAAUGGAUAUAUUUCCUUUGGGCUGGUGUGAAUCCAACGGCCAUCCUCUCAGUACUCCUCGCCGGGCACGAGUGCAUAAACAGAGGAAAAUCGCAGUGGUUCAACCAGAAAAACAACCCAGAAUACUGUCUUCAAGAACUGUCCAUGGGGGCCUGAAGAAUCAGCUGAACUCCACACACUCAGUGAUGAUCAAUGGGAAAUAUUGCUGUCCAAAGAUAUACUUCAACCACCGUUGCUUCUCAGGGCCAUAUCUUAACAAGGGAAGAAUUGCUGAGCUGCCUCGAUGUGUAGGACCUGGGAACUGUGUUCUGGUACUUAGAGAGGUCCUCACUUUACUCAUCAAUGCAGCCUACAAGCCCAGCCGCGUCCUUCGUGAGCUCCAGCUGGACAAAGAGUCUGUGUGGCACGGAUGUGGGGAGGUCCUAAAGGCCAAAUAUAAAGGAAAGAGUUAUCGAGCUACUGUUGAGAUAGUGAAGACAGCAGAUCGAGUGACUGAAUUCUGCCGGCAAACAUGUAUCAAACUGGAAUGUUGCCCUAACCUCUUUGGUCCACGGAUGGUUCUGGAUACAUGUUCUGAGAAUUGCUCUGUUCUUACAAAGACUAAAUACACACAUUAUUAUGGAAAGAAGAAAAAUAAAAGAAUUGGGAGGCCACCUGGUGGUCACAGUAAUUUAUCUUGUGCCCUGAAAAAAGCCAGUAAGAAGAGAAAACGGCGGAAAAACAUUUUUGUUCAUAAGAAGAAACGUGCUUCCGCAUCUGUUGACAACACCCCAGUGGGCUCACCCCAGGUAAGUGGGGGGGAAGAUGAGGGAGAUGCAGAAGAUGGAGAUGAUGAUUCCUUAAGUGAAGGCAGCACAUCUGAGCAGCAGGACGAGGUACAGGAAGAAUCUGAAGUGUCAGAGAAAAAGUCAGGCUCCUCUUCUCCCACCCAGAGCGAGGUGUCCACCCCUCUGCCCCCUGACACACAGAAGAGUAAAGAAGAACCCAGCGCUGCUUCAGUCUCAGAUGGUGAAAAUAAGCCGCCUUCACCAAAGGAAAUAAGGAUUGAGGUUGGCGAGAGACUCCACCUGGACAGUAACCCGCUGAAGUGGACUGUGGCGGACGUCGUGCGGUUCAUCAGAUCCACUGACUGUGCGCCGCUGGCAAGAAUAUUCCUGGAUCAGGAAAUCGAUGGGCAGGCCCUCUUGCUCCUAACCCUUCCCACUGUUCAAGAGUGCAUGGACUUAAAGCUGGGCCCUGCUAUCAAGCUUUGCCAUCACAUAGAGAGGAUCAAGUUUGCUUUUUAUGAGCAGUUUGCCAACUGAGAAGGACAAGCAGAGUGAGCUGGGUCUGUGGAGCACAGCUCAGCAGACCCUUUGCCCUGCUCUACAGGUGGCUGCUGUGGUCCUGGGGCUGUCAGCCCUGCAAAUGUUGGCUCGCUUUCUUUGCACUUUCAGGAAGGAGGACCCUCACUGAGGAAGCAAAAACAGCACAAAAAUGGCUCUCCUAUAGUGGAAAUGUGGACUUGUAUUCAGGAGAUUUCAGUUAAAAAUUGUCAGGAGGAAAACCUUACAAAUAGGAGUUCCCAUCGAUGGGCAAAGGAAGAAUGAUGUGGACAGCGGGACAGCACGGGUGGUUGCCCUCACUCUGUCCCUUCCACGGUAGUUGGACCUUGUUCUCUGCUCUUCCUGGAGAGAGCGCAGCUUUAAGUCAGCACUGGUUUUGGGCAUCAGUGCUUCGUUGUCGUUGUGUCUUCAAGCGUUUUCUUUUUUAAAUUAAAGCAGUUAAUUUUGGGGAUAAUUAUGUGGCUCUGGGGUUUUGAAUGUAUAGAUCCAUUUUAAAAAAUCUAUCCUUAGGAGUUUCUUUGUUUACUACCUCUGUUGAUGACUGCGCUUAUAGCCAUGAGUGACAUUUUUUGUAUGAUGCCAUUUUUAAACUGAAUGCUAAAACUAUAACAGAAGUUAGAAGGCCCUGCCUGCUUUCUUAAAGAUGUCAUGUUGGCACUCGCACCAGUCCUUAACCAGUUUGUCCUAAGAAUUCUACUGUUACGUCCUUCAUCUUGACCCAAUUUGGGUCACCGUUUCUAAGUGGCCUCUCAAAGACCAAUGUUUGGUAUUCCAGUUUAAUUACUCUCUCUCCCUAUUUGUUUUGAAAGAUGUGUCAUUGGCUUUUAUUCUGUUUGUUUUUCUCUAGAGUUGUUUGACUACCUCUGUUUCAUUUCUGGAGUCUCUGCUCUCAGUGAAAAUCAGUAGGUGUCCUUUGGAUCCUCUGUGAAGCCCAGUUUUCUAGAUGUGUCCAGGUAGAAUUCGGCACAGCAGAGAAAAUGUGGAUUUGGGGAUGGCACAAAGUGUGGAGUUUCUUAGUGGUGUCCUCGGUGAUAAGUAUUGACAAGUAGCUAUGGAGUGUAUGACCAUGCCUCCCCAAAUGUCCCAGAUUUUGUCUCAUCUGGAAAGCCAGUCAGAGCUGGUUGGCAUUUUAAUGAGAGAGGUGGUUAAGGAGUUUGGAAACCUUAGUCUAGCCAUGUUUAUGCUUGUCUUCAGUUAAACCAAUUUAAACUGAAUGUAAUUUACAGCCUGAAGAUUCCCAUUCAGUAGCUCAUUCUUUUGGCUUUUUUUCCAAUUAAACUCAAGUUGACAUGAAACUACAGGUGAAUUUUCACUUAUAAUGACAUUGUUAGCUAUUAUAGAAGAAUAGCACUUGCUAUACUGUAGCCAUGGGUAAGGAAAGACAUACAUACACAGGUUGCCUCCUUUAAAUGGUUUCCUUGUUGAUUAUUUAUUUAUUUGUUUGUUUGUUUAUUUAUUUAUUUUUGGGUUGCCCUAAUCCCUACAGAUUUAUACGAUAAGCAUUUUUCCUCAAUAAUUGAAAGUGUUUUAAAACUGCAAGCUGAGUACAUUCUGAACAACUAUACAAAUAUAAGGCAAUAUUACUACAAAUUUAAAUUGUGAUUUUUUUCUUUUCUCAUCUCAACCCCAGCUUGUUUUUAUGGACACUGGGAAAGUCUGUAGUCUGGAUCCUGUUCUUCAUUUGAAUAACUCUUGAACCACCUUAACUCAAGCCCUCCAACCAAGUCUUAAAAGUCACCAACACGUGUGUCUGGAAGGAGCAUCAUCUAAGUGACAGCUCAUUAUCUGUGAGCUAACUUAGAGAUCAGUUUUUAAAAGCUUGAGUGUGUCAUACCCUUGGGAGAGAAGCAUACUUGACACUAGGAAACACCUAGUAUUGACAGGCUCAUUUGGAAUGGCUGUCUUCAUAGAAUUUCCCGAGACCAUGCAAAAGGGGUCUCAUGAGGGCAUAAUACCUAGUCCAUAGGAUCUCACAUUGUUGUCUUAGUAAAAGGAAGGGUGACAGCAACGCCUAUUUGAUUAUGUCUCUCUUCUUGACCUCAGAGAUCACAGAAUGUAGAACUAUCAGAGAUGAUAGGUAUUGGACCUGAAAGGGGGAGCACAUGACCUUACGUAGUCCUGAGGUGGGGAGGGUUGGAACACAAUAGUCUUGUCUGACUGCACACAAUUAUUCAGUCUCUCUUUUCCUGUAGAAAGGCUAGUCAUAAAUUAGACAAGUGAGGAGGGUGUCCCUAAAAAUUCCUUGCACCCUGAUUGGGAGACACAUUAAAGAAGAAUUAUACACCCCCACCCCUCCUCCCCGGUGUCACACAUAAGAGGACAAUUGUGUGAGAAUUUUGUAGAGGACUUCAAGUAUACAAUUCUAAUAUCAAAUUGAGUAUGGUGAUGCACACCUCCAAUCCCAGCACUUGGGGGUGGAAAUGAGGAUCAGAAGUUUGAGGCCAUCCUAAGCUACAUAGUGAGUUCUGGGCUAGCCUGGGCUAUAUGAGGUCCUGUUUUGUUUUGCUUUGUUUGCAUUAUUGGGGUAAGAGGUUUAUAUGUUUCACAUGUGUGUGUGGUCUGUUUCUGAGAAAGCCAGCCUCAUAAAUUUAUUAGAGGUAUGUUGUCUGGAGUUCCCCUGCAGCUGUUCUCAAAGCUCGUCUACAGUCAAGUUUUUUGUGAUCCAUCUUUAACCUGAAUUGGAAAACUUAGAAACACAUGAAUGGACUCUGUUCUGUUACCCUUGUAGACAUGAAAAGUUACCUGACUUAAGCUGGACUUUACAGCUAUGUUGGUCUUCUAGGGAGAUCUUGACCGGUGGGAUGGGCCCCGAUGUUUUGAUUAUAUUUCGUGGGUUUCUUGUGACUUCUGUUUCCCUUUGUGCGCUAUCUUGAUCCUUUUCAAAUACAGGGAUGUAUUAAUGGAGCCUUUGGAUUCUAUCUUUAGCCUUUCUUUAGCAAUGUACUUGGCUCCCUGUGUUUAUAAUAUGGGUCCAGGAAGGGUGCUAGCCAACCUCUGGAAAUGAUGAUCAUGGUAAAUAUUUAUUGAAUUAUGAUAGAGGCAGGCAUAGAAAACCACUUCAGAGUUUGACCUUUGUAAAUCUUUUCUCCUAGAAGUAAAAUUAUUUUCACUCUGAGGGAAAGGGCAUUAGACCAAAGCUUCCUGACGACUUGAAGACUAAAGUACAUUUUACAUGCUCUCUAGAACCGCUGUAGUUAUUAAUGUGAUGCCUAAAUACAGCAGCUUAAGGCAGGUGGGACUCAAAACACACCCCCCCUAUCAAGCCAACAUUGUUUCCAAGAGGCACACAACAUCAGGGACUGGAUCUAAAUAUAAAAUCGUUGUAGAAACUGUCACUGAUGCUUAUUCUUACUUGGUACAUCUUAUCAAAAACUUGCAAUGAAGAGAUUCUGUUCCAGUUUCAUUGAUUGCCAGAAGUGCUGAGAGAGUCUUGACUGUGGAAACACACAUUGAGUUUGAACUGUCUACCUCCUGGAUAUACUCCAUGUGUGCAAACUCAUACAAAUCCCUAAGUAGUCUCUUUUAUCAAUAGGACGUAUGUUGACCUUGUGAAGUGAAGAAGGCAAAUCACUAAGAAGUGAACUAGAAAACUUGGGCUAACAAGAUACUCCUUUUGUAAAUUCGGAUGUUUCUAGUCUUAGGACCUUUGUAAGUUGCUGUGUCUUGUGGCCAUGGUGUUGGCUUAGAAACUCCGUAAGAACAGAGUCUCCUGUGCAACCAAGAAGUAACAGCCACUUUCUUAGCAUUGGCUUUAUCCAUUUUAAAUGUUUUACUCAUGAAUUUUGAUGAUUGCUUUGUAUGAGAAUGUAUAUACUUGGGGAAUCUGAAUUUAUCCUAAUAAUCUACCUAUUAACCUGGAGUUUGGUUGCAAGAAUUCUAAACCCAAAGUCUAGUCCAAAUGGAUCUGGCUCCAGGUGCUCACUCGGGGGCUGUUUUCCUCAGUGCUUGUCUUAGCCACACGGGCACCUUUGCUCUGGGAGCCGCCCUGAGAAUGAACGUAAAGGUGUAGUGGGUACUAAAUGCAGUGCAUGUUGAUUUUCUUGCUACUGUGUUUAAGAAGUCAGAAUUUCACAGGAGCCUGCAAACACAGAGCUGAAAGUCUGUAGGGAGGCAGGGGAUAGUGGGUCUACAACUCCCUUCCUGCUCUUUGUGACCCAUCUGGCAUUACAGCACAAUGAGGUGUUGAGAAAGGGCGACAGGCAGCAGAUCCACCAGACAGUUGUCACCACCAGCAGUGAAGCGCAGCACCGAGCCGAGCCGUGGGGAGGAGGGAGGACCCUGCCAACAGUAAGACCGUGUCACGUCACCAUUGCUGAUGAGCCUGAGAGGGACGGUGUGGAGGCUCAGGCCCAAGGGCUCCUGUAUGCUUUAUUCUGUCCAACUGUGUCUGGCUUGGCAGAAUAGACACGGUCACAGAAUGCUGACGGUUACAGACUUUAAGGGCAACUCAGAUCUCAAAGCAGACGAUUAGUGGAGGAUACAGAAGUUUAUAGAGUGUAGGCCAGGGUGAAGCAGGUGGUCUCUAGUCCCUUUGCAAGACUCUGGGGAAGACAGUUUGGAUGUUUCUCUUGAGACUUUAGUGCUUACUUGUUUUUCUCUCACCCCUCCUCUUCUAGUUGAGUUUUCUCUAGUGACAAUCAGAGGUCUGCCAGGAUGGGAGGGACUCCAGGCUGCUUCCAGCCCCUGGAAGGAAUGCACUUUGUUUUAUGUAUUUUGCUUUAAAAACAAAACAAAAACAAGUUGCUUGUUUGGAACAAAUUGAGAUGCUUUUGGCAUUGUAUCCUUCCUGCUUGCUGUUUUUCCUCUUAAUUUAAAAAAGUAUGCAUUGAAGACCAAGUACACUUUAGGAGAAGUAUGCACUAGAAUACCAAUUAAAAUAACUCCCAUCAAGUUUGAUGGUUAUAAUUUUAAACGAUUAAAAACAAAACAAAACUAUUUUGAAUCAA